AAGGAACUGAAUCAUGGAUACUGUGGUGAAGAUGACAGCGGUAACGGUCCUGCUCUUUGGCUUGGCUCGGGGGAGUGCUGAGCUCCAGCAGACCUGUGAAUACAAAGCAGUGGGGGAAUCCACACUGAUUUCCCUGCAGCCUCCCAGCAGCUGUAAGGAGGAAAGCUUAACAUGGAAAUUAAACUCAAACGAAUUCCUUAGCAGGAAGAGAAAUCGGGUCCGCAAUUUAAUACACUCAGUAAAUAUAACUGCAGAUGGUUCUCUACAACUGAAAAAUCUUCAGAUGGAUGGAGCAGGGGUAUAUGAAGCCAUGGUUUAUGACCAGAAUGGAAGGCUCUGUUACAACACAACUAAACCCCUGUGUGUGAUGGAACGGGUGUCCAAGCCUUCUGUGUCACACAAAUGCAGCGAGGACGCUGUGAUCCUCACCUGCAACACAAAGAAAUCCGAGACAGAUGUAACUUUUGAGUGGAGUUUGAACAGCCAGAAAAUUGAGGGGAAAGUUGAAAAAACCUUCACAGUCAAUGGAAGACCUAAACCCAGUGAUACAUAUUCAUGCACAGCCAGGAAUAAAGUUGGUGAAGAGAAAAGCAAUGAUGCAACAAUACAGUGUCUUGAUGUCCAGAUGUCUGCUAGUGUAACAUGGCCAAAUGGAGACGUGAGAGAGGGGGACAAGGUUACUAUCCUUUGUACCAGCAGCCUUCAUGUGGACACCUUCUUUCUCUGGCGACCCAAGAAGAGUUCACCCAGAAUGGAGAGCAAAAAUGGAGAGUUCAGUCUGAAAAAUGUGGAGGUAGAUGACAGUGGCAUCUACACCUGUCAGCCGCAAUGGUUAUCUGGUCACCCAGUUUUCAGUCGUAAUGCCACAGUCAAUCUGCUUGUUUCCCAUCGAGAAGAAACACAGACAGAACAGAUCACAUCUGGAAAGCAUGCCUCCUUCUCCCCUCUCAAUGGAAUUUUUUACUUAUUAGUUUCUGUGUUUGCUUUGGUAACAUACAUAUAGGAAAAUGCUUUUAAGCCGCAUUCUUAAUGCUUCUGUGCUAAUCAAAACACACCACGUCUUAUAUAAUUCAUCUAAGAAAGAGGCGUGAAAAGUUGCACAGCUAGGACACCACUAUCCACACAUAAACAAGCAUCAGUGCCCAUAGCGCUGCGAUCACAAAAGUGUGCCUAUAUUUCCAUAUGCGCAUACAUACAUACAUGCACACUCAAACACACAGACACACACACACAAUACCAGGACUGUCUGUGCAAUCAAUUCUGCUAUAAAAAGAAGACAUAUUUGUCAGAUGAAUGAAAAUGAAUAA